AUGCCGACUCCCAAUUCAAAUCGAAAAGCCUGCCACCACAUAACAGAGCAACAGCUGUCGUUGCGUGCCCCGCUGCUGCUGCCAAAGCCCACAUACACAGCAACUCGACCAAGCAGCUAUUCUGUUUACGAGCCGGACUACCUGGAGUCACUGAAGCCGAAAUUUCCACAAAUAGAGUGCCUUAACGUACAGAUAAAAGGCUAUGACUACCCACUGCUCGAGAGCUAUCAACGCUUUCUGCAUAGUGUCGCGGAAUACCUUGCCAUGGACGUAUCCGACUGCUAUGCCCUGCCGCCGCAGCAGACACAGGUGCAACGUCUGCGACCUAACUCUACAGUCAUUGAAGCCGACUACAAGUUAACCACCUACGAACGCAAUCUGCAACUGAACAACGUAGAUGCGCCACAGUAUCCACAAUUUUUAAGAAUUGCGCAAGCAGCGCUACCAGAAGGUGUACAAUUAACAGUUGCCGAGCAUACGGAUGACCAUGAUGAGCGUCGUUAUGUGCCUGACAAAGAACUGCUCGAUCUUAAAACUGAGCUAGAACGCAUGGGCGGCGCCACCCCCACAAAAAAGAAAUAAUUUUGGCAUAAUACAAGUUUUUUUUUUGAGUAAAAAAUUAUGCAGAAACGUUUCUAUUUAAAGCUUUGCACUUAACUGGACGGCAACGUUUACAAUUGGAAGACGUACACUAAGCU